AGCGUCUGUCACAGAAGUUAAUCAAAAUUUGAUUUUAUUUGCAAAUUAUAGAUCUUGUCGCAAAAUUAACAUUCUGAUCCAGCAUUUUGAUUUCAGAAUAAUAAUUUGACUUUGUUUAUUAUUUUAAACUUAAAUGAUUGGAAUGACAAUGAAAGAAUUUAUGAAAUUUUGUUCAAAUAUGAUUGUGUCCUCCAAAAUAACACCAGUGUCACGUACACCAAUUCACUGCUGUAGGUGUCUCUACAAAAGGAAUUUCAGUAGGACAAAGGCAUCGUGUACACGACUCAACUUUCAUCAAAAUUUAGACAUCAAAGGCUUUUUGAAACAUCUGAAGUCUUGUGGUUCCUUUUCGGUAGAUAGCUAUUUGCUUGGGAGAUAUAACACUAAUAAUUUUAUUUGUAACAAACAUUACACAGUUUCUACAAAUGCAGUUGAUAAUUCAAAACAUAAAAAAAUGGAGUUCAGUGACGAAGAUACAAAAACAGUUUUGUCGGAAGACAUGCAAGUUAUCAAUGAUUUCAUAUCGGAAGAAGAGGAAGAAGUUCUAUUCCAGGAAGUGGAGCCACAUUUGAAACGGUUGAGAUAUGAAAGUAGCCAUUGGGAUGAUGCAAUACAUGGCUACAGGGAAACAGAAAGGAAAACUUGGACAGAAAAAAACAAAGCAAUUAUUCAACGAGUAAGAGAUGCUGCUUUUCCUGCAGGGGUUCCUCAGCUAGCUCAUGUACAUGUUCUUGAUUUGCAGAAAGAAGGAUACAUAAAAGCACAUGUAGAUGCCGUAAAGUUUUGUGGUAGUACUAUAGCAGGUAUAUCUCUAUUGUCUCCGUGUAUUAUGAGGCUGGUACAUACAGAUGAUAAAACAAAGUUUGCUGAUAUUCUCCUAGAAAGAAGAUCAUUAUACAUAAUGAAAGAUGCAGCAAGGUACAAUUACACCCAUGAAGUUUUACCAGAUAAUUCUGUGUUUGGAGGACAAACCAUUACCAAAGAUAGAAGAAUAUCUGUUAUCUGCAGAAAUGAGCCUUGAAGUUGGUCAAUUAGUUUCGCUCAAGUGUUGCUGUGUUCAAAAAGACAUGGACAAUGACAGAAGAAAUUAGAAUCUGACGUUAACAUAAGCUUAGCUAAACAACUUUUUACCUUGAAGCUCGUCUGAGCAAGAAUUGCUUGUUAUUUAACCAUUUAGGUUACAUGUCUGUCUUUCAUAAUUGUUAAUAUCCAGAAUUGUUUGAAGCACCAGUAUACAUAUUUCAUUGCUUCAUAUUUUCGUGGUACUUAACCCAUUACCUCAUGAGCAUUUUGUGACAAAUGGCUGUUUUCAUUGCAAAGUCUCCCGUUACAAGUUCAAAUUGCUAUAAAACUAUAAAAACUGCUUCAAUACUAAUCAAACUUGACACAAAUGUUAACUGGACCAUUGCCGUUGUAACAACAUGCUCAGUCUUUAAUUUCCUGUUACCGUGGCAACGAGAGGACAUCUCAAAAUUGCCAAAAUCACUAUUUUGCAUUGAUUUUUUCCAUCAAAAUUGACUUCAAAGUGCUGCAACUUCUAAAUGGAUUGAGAUAAAGUCAAAUGCUUUUCAGCCAAGGUUACAGGUAACCUUAUGAUCGAUCUGGGGUCAUUUUUAGCCUCUCACAAGUCCAAAAUUUUCUUGGCAAUGUAUCUUUUGUUGGGGGGCCUAAAAAGGGGGGGGGGGGGGGUCGAAAGUGCGUUGUUUCGCGUAUAUAUGAGGUAAAGGGUUAACUGUUUUACAACACUACAAAAGUCAGAAGAAUAAAAUUCAGUAAAAUACUAUGAAUAUUAUAGGAAAGACAUAUCAGUAAUGUCAUAGUUUAUUAUGCCACCACUUUAGUGGCGGGCAUUUAGAUUUACCCAGUUAUAGCCCUUGACUUAGUAAAAAUUUGCAAUUUUCAACUUGUGUCGCAUGUAACUCAAAAAGGAUUUGACCUAGAGUCAUGAAACUUUACAGGAAUGUUGAUCAGCAUGUGUAGUUGUGCACCUGGGUAUUUUUGUCUGGAUUUAUAAAGUAUUUUUAGAGUUAUUGCCCUUGACUUAGAAAAUUUUUCAAUUUACAACUUAUGUCGCAUGUUACUCAAAAAGAAUUUGACAUAGUGUCAUUAAACCUUACGGGAAGGUUGCUCAGCAUAUGUAGUUGUGCACCUUGGGUUUCGCUUGUGGAUUUAUCCAGUAUUUGUAGAGUUAUUUCCCUUGACUUAGUAAAAACAGUUUCAUUAUGUUGUUAUUUGUUCCUUGAGUGCUUGAGUUAGAAUCAACCAACUUUACAGGAAUAAUGAUCAACAUCACUGUGAAGCUAUGCACCUGGGACUUUGCAUGUGGAUUUUUUUCAGUUUUGUUAGAGUUAUUGCCCUUGACUUACAGUAGUAUAAAUUUGCAAUUUUCAACUUAUUCAUGCAUAGCUCAAAAAGCAUUUGACUUGUAGGCCUGAAAGUUUACAAGAAUGUUGGUCAGCAUGUGUACUUAUGCACCUUGGGGUUUGCUUGUGGAUUUAUUCAGUAUUUGUAAAGUUCUUGCCCUUUACUUAGUAAAAGAUUUUUAGUUUUCAACUUGUGACACAUGUAGUCCAAAAAAUAUUUGACCUAGAGUCAUAACAUUGACCGAACAGUGGCGUGUGGGGGCACCCGUGUCCUAUGGACACAUUUCUAGUUCCUUCAACAAUUAUGUACAAAACAUGGCUACAGACACCUAUCUUAAAGUUAUUUACCUGUAUUUCCAAGACAAUUACAUUUUAAAGGUACUCAACUGAGGUACGG